UGUAGCGAGUCGCUCGAGACGAAUCGUCCGUGCAAGCGUGCAGUGUUCAACGUACUCGUGUGGCUUUCGGUCCGACGGAUUCUUCCGGCACAAGCGGGGUGCAGGUUGCGGAGGGUGGACGGCGGAGGAACGUAGAGGUGUCAACGUCGUCGUCGUCGUAAUUCUCUCAUCCUCGCGUCUUGUUGACGUUUCUCGAUAGGCUAACCCCGUCCGAGUAUUAUUCUUGCGAGUGCAGAGACGCGAGGUACUCUGCGACAUGUCCUUCUCCAAGGCGAGGAUACAACGCUUCAACGAGAUGGGAAGCGAGGCACCUCCACCAGGAGCUUACGAUCCGAAAUUCGACAGUAAAGUGAAAGGACUCGUGAUCGAAAAGUCCGAUAGAUUCCUGGACACCAGGAGCUUGCACAGCGCGGAAGGUAACGCAUCGUUGUCCGCUAAGAGCGUCGGAGUCGUCCCAAUCCCCGCUUUUCGUACGCCCCAGAUGCCUCGAAAACGGUUGGUUAAGAAAUCGGCGGGAGUAGAAAUCGCUCGCAAGGCGAAAGACAAGCUCCCGCCUUCAGAUGACAAUCAGGACAUGAAGUACGAAUCCGCGCAGCAUCUCGCGGAUCUUCAAGUGGAAUGCGUAAACAAGGAUAAGACUAUACAGGAGCAGGAGAAGUACAUCGAGGAAAUGAAAGAGGAUGUGCAGAAAUUACAGGCUGAACUGAAGGAGUUGAGCAAGAAGCAGAUUGAAAUGGAGGAGCAGCAUACGAAAGAUAUAGAGACAAUGGCCAAGUUGCAGCAGGAGGUAUUGACCAAUCACGACAAAAAACACGAGGUGGAAAUGCAGAUACUUCGCUCGCAACUAUCGGAGGUGUCCGAAGAGAAAGAGAAGGAAUUCUCGACGCGAAAGACAAUCGAGUCGGAGCUUCAAACUCGCGCGGCCGAAAUAUUAGACAGAAUAAUAACGUUAGAAGCUGAAUUGUGUGCCAAAAAGAAGGAAAACAAAAUGAAGAUCGUUGCCCUCGAAACGCACAUCGCAGAACUUACGAGCACACUAGAAACGGUGAGGCAGGAUCGCGAUACAGAUAUUGGGUUGUUGCAAAAGGAAAAAUGUCAGCUCGAUACGUGUGUCGCCGAUUUAACGCAGGAGCGAUCGCAUCUCAUAGCCGAACUGGAGGAGCGACAGAACGUUAUCCUAAGACUUCAGAGCCAGUUGUCCACCUUGCAGUGUGAGUUGGACGAGCUCAAGGCCGAAUACGAGAAGCUGGCCGACGAUUCUAUCAAACGCACUUCCGACCUCACCGAUAAAUACGAGAAAGAAAUUCGACAUAUGAAAGACGAGCACGCGAGAGAGAAAAAAGGAUUGCUCACUUUCAAGGAUACGAUUAAAUUGAAAACGGAGGCGAUGCUACACAAAGCGGAAGAAACAAACACUUUCCUUACGCAAGAAUUAGAGGAGGUUCAAAGCCUUUACAAAGAUGUGUCUCGGCGUUUGUGCGAGGCUCAAAGAGAACUGGAGCUCUCAAAUGAAAAAUAUGCUUUUGUGGUGAAACAAUAUGAAAAAGAUUUUGAUGACAUGAGGAAUCGGCAGGCUGAAGAGAAGUUAAAAUUGGACCAAUUGUUGGUGAACAUCGAAGAAGAGUACUUGGAAAAACUGGAAAAUGUUACAAUGGCACAAGAUAAGGAGUUGCACGAUUUGAAGCAAGCUUCGGAAGAGAAGAUCGAGGAGGAGAAGAAACGGAUAAUGGAACAUGCCCAGAAAAUGAUCGAGAACGCAGAGGCCGUUACGAGGGAAACGUUAGCGGCGUGUCGCGCCAAAAGCGAGGAACGGGUGAAGAGAGCAAUCGUUGAAUGCGACGCGAAAGUUAACGCCAUGAUCAUAGAGGCACGAAACGUUGUGGAGGAGGAGAUGCAACUUGCUGCCGAAAGAUACAAAGCGUGUUUGGCUCGUAUGGAAAUGGAGCGUGCUGCAUUAGACGACAAACUUUCGCAGAGGGACGCCGAAAUCACCAAGCUCUCCGCGACGCUCGAGGAGCUAAGAUCGUCUGUGGAAACUCAGGAAAGUUUUAGUCAAAGUUUGCAAGUUGAGUUAGAUAAGGCGGAAACCGAAUUAGCGGAGAAGAAGGAAGAAUUGAGAGCUUUGAAAGAUCACAUCAGGGCGGAGGCAGCCGAGAUGGUCGCUAGAAGGAAGAGGUUCGAAGUGAUAAUGGCCGAAAAUCAAGCAUCCGUCGCCGCGCUUACUAAUCGCCUGGCACAGAGCAAUGCCGAAGUAGAGAGACUGCAGCAUGAACUUAAACGCGGUGAGGACUGUAUACAUGAGCACAAGGAUCUGCUCAGUGCGAUGCGCAAUAAUUCGCAAUUAGUGCACGAACAAGUACAUGCGCUCAUGGAAGAACUGGACGAGCAAAGAGAAAAGGUGGAUCAGCUGGAAAUCAACAGUUUAUCCGAAUUCGAGGCGAUCAAACCUAUCUUCGAGGCGAAAAUUGAAAAUUUGAAGCAAAUAGCGGCGAAGGAAAUGGCAAAACUGCAAAACGACUGUGAGAAGAAGACUCUUCAAAAUGACGAGAUGAAAAAACAACUCGGCGAAAUGGCUAAUAAUCUCAGUGAUGCGCAGAAUCUAUUACUCAAAUUGGAAGAACGAAAUGACGUUCAAGCGAUUGAUAUUUCACGAAUGGAGCUAGAGAAUAGCAAGCUUACGGAACAAUUGGAGCAAAUGGAUGAAUUAAAGAAUCUAAAAGAAAUGUACGAAGAAAAUCAAGUUCAAGCAACGCAAUAUAAGAAAGUCGUAGAUGAGAUAAAUUCUCGGAUGGAUGAGUAUUCUCAACGAAUAAAUACGCUUGAAAAAGAUAUAAUGCUUUCGGAGGAGGUCACUCUGGUAUUAAAGGAAGGUCAAACAAAAUGGGAAACUGCGGAGAAUGUACUUAAGCAGCAACUCCAAGAAGAAAGGGCGCGACGAGAAGAGGCUGAAGAGGAGUCCAAGAGAAUUGCAGAUCUCAAUGGCCGUCUUAAGAAGGACUUUGAAGAAAUCAGCGCGAAGUAUGCGGAAAUGAUCGGUCAUCAGAACCCUAAGCAAAAGAUCAAGCACGUAUCACAGCUAAAAGAUAAAAUCUACCAAUUGGAACAGGAAUUGUCUACCAAAACUCGAAUAAUCGAACAGCAACAAAAGACUAUAGAAAAGUUCAAAGCCGAGGAGAAGCGAUCUCAUUGGAAAGGCAAGGAGAACAUUGGAAUACAUUCAACUCCCAUUUCUUCGCCGCAUAAGACACUGGCAACGCCGUUAAGGAGUAGAAAUGAUUAAUCCUAACUAGUAUCUAAGAUGUAUCGUUUAACUAACGGUUAAGGUUAAUCGCUUCAACUUCUUAUUGUGUCGAUGUAGGCUAUAAAUAUAAAUCGAUUCGCGAUGCGUGCACGAA